CAGAAGUGGAACACAACUAGGGCUACGGCUAGGGCUUCUCCCUGAGUGAGUAGCCGCCACCACACCACCGAAGAUGACUGGUAAGGCCAAGCCAAAGAAGCAUACAGCUAAGGAGAUUCAGGCUAAGAUCGAUGCUGCGUUGACCAACAGAGGCGGAGGAAAGGAUGGAAUCGCUGAUCGAACCGGGAAAGUGAAGGGAGGUCACGCUAAGUUCGAAUGUCCUCACUGCAAGAUUACAGCUCCUGAUCUCAAGACUAUGCAGAUCCAUCACGAGUCGAAGCAUCCGAAGAUCGCUUAUGAUGAAUCCAAGCUCGUGAAUCUCCAUGCGGUUUUAGCUCCAGUUGCUGAGUCCAAACCUAAACCUGGAAUCAGGGGAAGCUUAAAGAAGUAAACACUUUAUGCUUCUGUCUGAAGAUUUAUCUAUCUUUUUAUGUUAUGUUUAAGACAAUGAUUUGCUACUCUAUCCUCUGAAUCCAUAGUGUUGAUGAUGCUUAUUGCUUCUAUCUUUUUAAUGAUCUCAUACUUAUUAUCUGUUGUAUGAAUGAACUGAUGUUUGAACGAUUAUCUUUUGUUGAGUUUGCUAAUUUUGAGAUGUUAUUACUUUGCG